AUGGGUGCCUACAAAUAUUUGGCCGAGCUUUACACCAAGAAACAAUCUGAUGUGUUACAAUUUGUAUCACGAGUCAGAUGUUGGGAAUACCGACAACUCGCUGUCAUUCACCGAGCUUCCAGACCUUCUCGACCUGAUAAAGCUAGAAGAUUAGGAUACAAGGCCAAACAAGGUUACUUGAUUUACAGAGUUAGAGUAAGAAAGGGAAACAGGAAGAAGCCAGUACCCAAAGGUGCUACUUAUGGUAAACCAGUUAGACAAGGUGUUAACCACUUGAAAUACCAAAGAGGUUUAAGAUCAACCGCAGAGGAGAGAGUCGGAAAACGAUGUGGUAACUUGAGAGUCCUCAACUCUUACUGGGUUAACCAAGAUGGUGUUUACAAGUACUACGAAGUCAUCCUUGUCGACCCAUCCCACAAAGCUAUCCGAAGAGAUGCUCGAAUUAACUGGAUCGCCAACCCAGUCCACAAACACCGAGAAUCCAGAGGUCUUACCGCCGAAGGAAAGAAGAACAGAGGUUUGGGCAAAGGUUCAAAACACAACCAUCAACCCGGAAGAUCCACUUGGAGAAAACACAACACCCUUUCUCUCAGACGAUACCGAUAA